GAGUGCGAACGGCCAAAAGGAGAUUUUCUGUGGGUUGGGAAACGCAGGAUCUUUUUAUUCAUUUUGCAGUCUGUAGAGGAUAUUCUAGCGAUUAAGUUUACAAAGUUGCAAAGUGGUACAUAGAGGGUUUCCCAACAUAUUUCUUUAAUUCUACUGAAAUUAUUUUUCAACAACUCGUGACGUUCUAUGAAAACACAACUGAGAUCAUCUUCCAAGACAGAUAUCUGCACAGGAAUUAAAUGUCACGGAUGUCAGGAAGUGUACUUCUAUAUAAGGCCUACUACAGGAAUUGCAUAAACAUGACCAAAUAAUCGACUGUAAUCUCGAAUGAAAGUCACACGGGCCUGACUCGACAAAAAGGCCAAUUUGAAUUAAACUGGUGUUGAAAACGAAUAAAACGGAAAGACAAACGUCUUUAGCAACGAUGCUUUUGACUGAUUAACUCAUAAAAAGACGUCAACCUUUGGUGUGACCUUUUCACCUUUGUAGAACACCGCCUUCCUGGCUACCGCAUACUCUACGUGUUUUGUCCACACACGUGUUACUGUAGUAUAGAAUCAACUGCUUUGUGGUACAACAGUUGAAUCUGGCAAUCCCAUUUUGGAGGGCAUUCCCACUCACUUGAAUGAAAUGUCUCAUGUCGUUGCAGCACUACAAUGUCUGUGAAGGAGUAGAUAAGUUUUCAGCCCUUGUAGAAUCAAAGCACGGGAUACAUGGGGAAAUACCAGUCACGGUCACAGGCAACGAUGUUGUGCAGUUUCAUCCCUUCAAAACAGUACGGCACAAACACUGUGCCCUCUUGAUCCCCACAUCGACCACAAGGUGUCAAGUUUGUAAAAGACACAGAAGUGACCUUGCUUCUUUGGACAAACGACUUUCUGCAAAAAGUUCUGGGUCAGAAGUCAGCACCAAGUCCUCAACAAGGAACGAUUUGUUGAGCCAGAAAGACCUAAUCAAGAAGGUGAAUCUGCUGAGCUCAGAAAAAAAUCAGCUGAAAAGAAGAAUUUCCAUGAUGGCGUCCAAGAUAGAGGAUAUGGUGAUGGAAGAAGGAACAGUUCUCCCUCCAGACCAAGAGGAUAAAUUGCAGAUCUCUAUCAAGAAAAAUUACAAUGUCCUAAAGACGCUUCUGGAUGAAAACUCUCCAGGUUUUCUUCUGUGGGAGCAGCAGAAGAAAAGUGCAAGUAGAGGGAAGGGCAUGAGAUGGCACCCAGCCAUAAUUUGCUGGUGUAUCGCACUUCAUCAUAAAUCAUCAUCUGCAUACAACCUCAUCAGGGACAGUGGUUUUCUACAGCUUCCGAGUACCCUACACCCAUAUUCCCAUUUUGGUAACCCUCGCACAGGUGUUAAUGCAGACAUGUUAACCAGACUAAUUAGGGACAUCAACAUCAAAUCUCUCCCCGGGUAUGAACUCAAUGUUUCAGUGGCAUUUGAUGAGAUGAAAGUGAAGACCGAUCUAGUAUACAAUACCCGAUCCGGAAGAAUUGUUGGUUUCAUGGAUGUGGGAGGUAUUGCCAAUGCAAUCACUUCUUUUGAGAGGAAAUGCCAAGGCGAGGUUGAUCCCCCUCUUGCGACGCAUGUUCUCGUCCUAAUGGUACGUGGCAUCUUCAACUCGCUACAUUCUCCAAUUGCAUUCUAUGCCACUUGUGGAGUGUCCAGUUACCAGCUGUUAGCACUGAUGGAUGAAGCAAUCAUGUGUCAGAUGGUGCGUCACCCAACAGAAAGUUUUAUCGAUUGUUUGGCGAGAUGCAAGUAGAUGGGACAGCAUACUUUGGUCCCAGUCCAGGCCACUCAACAAGGAAGGUGUAUAUGAUUUGCGACGUACCACACCUGCUGAAGACAACCAGAAACAACUGGGAAAAUUCAGGAUGGAAUAACAAGACAAGGAACUUGCAUGUAUGUAAUUUUUUUUUUUCACUUGAUUGUGGUGGGGUAUUCUGAA